AUGUACAGGCGAUUUGUGGACAGUUAUCAGGACGCGGACGCGACCCUGGCUUCGCCCUCAGCAGACCUCGUAGUUCAGUUCAAGACCGCGGUCUUCGACCUCCAGUCCGCAUUGGAUGCAUUUACUGCGGAGUCCUCCGCUGGGACAACUGAACUCCAGCGUUUGCUCUCUGACCUCGCGAGGCUGCGUGGGGGUUCGGCGGCGGCA